AUGACGACGUCGCGAUGCAAAGGGCUCGUGCGCAUCCGCGAGCGUCUCGUCUCCCCCUCGUUUGCGGACCUCGACCCUGCGCGCGCGACUGAAGCGCACGAGCCAUCGACCGUCUCCUCCUUCGCUCGCACUCAGCACUAUGAACAUUUGAGCAACAACGUCUGGUACGUCUGUGCCCUGUCUGCGUCCUCUGCGACACUCGCGUGGUUGACAGUAGACACCGGCACGGACACGAGCAGCAGCGCCCGAUUACUAAUCACCACGAGCGUCUCGGGCGUCGAGGCGGUGGACACAGAGAUGGAGAAAGUGCUUGAUGGCGCCCAGAUACAAGAUGGUGGCUCGCAAGAGCGGAGCCAAGUCGGGAGCUGCUUGUUCUAUGUACAGGACAAUGUGUCGGGAGUCGUGCUCUUGGUGGAGGCGGAGACACAGACGCAGAGAGAUCAGUGGGUGCAGCAGCUUGAGGAGGUGCUUCGUAUCGAGGAGGAGAGCGAGACCGAACAGACGAAACAGGAAGUUAGUGGAGAAAAAGAAGGGGUAAUACAGGAUGCAGGGGAAAGAAAGAACGAGAACGACGAGCUUGAGUCGCUGCACGUGUCAGCGCCCCCGUCGUCUUCAUCGGUGCGGCAGUUGCUGCAUCAAGGCAAGUCGGAAACCCUCAUGGAAGAAGGUGAUCCGUUUGGGUUUCUGUCGUUUGCGACAUCGGCCUUGAGCUCAUUCAAGGCGACAGCGAGCAAAGCUGCACCUGGAAUGUUUACGAUGGACCACUUGGAGCUGAUAGGGAGAAAUGGAGACGCAGAGGAGGUUGGCAAUAUCGACGAUAGCGACGUUCGUGAUGCCAAUGUCGAACUUAAACUUGAAGCAGACACUGUGUUGGACCCGUCGUUGGUGCUGUCGACGGGACAACCACAAAAUGGAGAACUCGUUAAUUGUCGUGAACGUUCUCGCAGUAGCGCAAGCGGCCCCCGUAGCUCUUGUAUCGUCCAGGGAUCUGCUACAAGUAUUGCGAAUCGGCGGCAUAGUCUGAGCGCCUUGUUCGGCUCCGUUCUACGCCCGAGUCAUGGCUGUCUGCGCUGCAGUAAGCGGUUCGGGCGCUUUAUACAUACAGCAAAGAUCUGUGCGUCCUGUUCGCAUCGCUUCUGUCGUGAUCACUGCAACCAACGGACUGCGAUACAUGUACCCGAAUCAAUGACUCGAUCAGCUCAAGACGUGGUCAAAUCUCAGGAAGGCGGAAGAGCUAUGCUUGCAACCGAACUGAAACUUGUGUGUAUGGAUUGUUACUUGCGGCAACAACUGCUAACAUCACUGCAGGCAGCUGGAGUAUUCUAUGCAUCCGUCGUCGACGAAGCCGGUGGAUUGUCACGCUUGGUGCGCUGGAAAUAUUUCGAUCAGAGUCCCAAGCUCACGAUCAGCGCUCACAUCCGUGCUCGGAACCUCGGUCCUUUGAGUCUUCUCGCAGCGAUGUUCAAGUACCGACAACAGCCGUUCAUGUUCGUCGUAGUGCUAGCGCAGCUCGUGCACAACGUUGAGAACUGCCUAGACACGAUGGACUUUUAUUGGCCACAGUUUUUGCAAUGGGGUUUUGUCAAUCUCUCGGAUGCUUCACCCAGCAUCCGGGCCUUCUAUCUCUUUUUUCUUGCCGCAACUGCUCGCCGUAGCGUCCACCUCGCAGUCAAGGCAUCAUGGGAAUGCGUUGCUGCUCAUUGGGACGCAAUGACAGGUGGGCUAUAUGAGCGUGGAAACGAAAUCGUAGUGAUGUUAUUCUUCGUGAUGAACAUCAACUUUGGCGAGCCUCGAAGCGUAUUGCCGCAGCUGUUGUUUCCGCUAGCACCGGUUCAUCAGCGCGAGUCAUUCAGUGAGUUGCUUGAGCAACUGUAUGAGUAUGUUCGUCGUGUCUACGCCGCGUCACAGCGCGAGUCUCCCUUUUACCAGUGGCUUCUUGCGCGUAGCAAGGAGGAGAUUGUGAUCAGCUCACGCAACGUGCAAAAACAGCUCCGUGCCGAUAACGGCUUUUUGGACCCAUUUCCGGCCGAUUACCAUGAAGAAGCCCAACUAAUGAUCGUGGAACGUCGACGAUCAGGAACCCAACAUUGUGUGGAGACAAAGCAGCGGAUAUGGAGCAAGCCUGCUCAGCAUGUUUUUGGUGACGAAGUGCGGCUUGUGCGAUUUCUUGUAGAUCUCUGCACGUAUUUGAAAGAAAACAUAUCGGAGCCUUCAAAGCGAAAGACGCAGCUUCCUGCACUGUUGCAGGAGAUGCUUCGUGGGAAGCACAUUCGGCCCGAGGCUGCAUUGCCACUGUCAGGUGGCGUCACGCGCACACACCGUGUGGUUAACGUUCUAACGGACGAAGGUACAGUUUUUUCGACCAAGGCUCGUGCGCCGACUCUGGUUCUCUUUGAGAUUAUUGGUGCAUCACUGGAAAGUGAUGAUGAGUCUCACGGUGGCGAUCUCGGUGAUGCAGUGGAAGCUGCCGCGGACGUGAAAAACGAUACAGGUGAUGUUUUAGAACCACACCAACACAAAAUUAUGAGCUACCUGGAUGGAGAAUUUAUUGGAACUUACGUGGCAGAUCUGAUUCCCGUUUCAUCUCAGACCUCAGUGGGGUCUUCGAUUUCGGAGGACCUAGAUGGUCUAAACCAUGCACUCUCGGUAGACUGUACACCCCGUAGUGAUCUAGGUGAGUUCGAUGUUUUCUGCGGUAGUGAAAGUGAUGCAGAGGAGACGAAUGUGGAGACUAGUCCGGACGAACGUGACAGCCGAAACUCGGCGAACUCAUCAGAUGUCUUCAAAUGUCCAUUUUUCGGCGAACGCUUUGCCGACAUGCAAAGGCGUAUUCGAGAAGAGAGCUCGUUUUCACGCUACGAUGGCUGGGCGCUAGUUCCUGUUAUUGCAAAGAGCUUCGACGACAUGCGUCAGGAAGUGUUCGUGCUACAAGGAAUUAAGUUAUUCCAGCUUAUUUUUCGCAAACAUGGCCUCAUUCUCUGGAUGCGCUACUACAGUAUCGUGUGUGCGGGUAAGGAUUGUGGACUGCUGGAAGUGAUCACCGAUGCGCAGUCGCUAGAUGGACUAAAGAAGAAGGGAUUGGUAAAUGACGGCGUCGGCACCUCGUUGGUCAAUAUAUUUGAUCAGGCGUGUGGCCGAGAUUCUAUAACUGGUGAACGCGAUCCUGUCCGCCUCGAGAGAGCUCGUGCCAAUUUCAUUUCGAGCAUGGCGGCCUACAGUCUUUUUUCCUACGUGUUCCUCGUGAAAGACCGACAUAACGGCAACAUCAUGCUAGACGUUGAAGGUCACGUCGUGCACAUUGAUUUUGGCUUCGUUCUGGGCAUUGCACCGGGGAACACAUUCAGCCUCGAGGUGGCUCCAUUCAAGCUCACGUCCGAAAUGGUGGAGAUCAUGGGUGCGGAGGGUUUCGACCACUACCGGCAGCUCAUGGCCCAAGGGUUACUCGCUCUGCACCUGGAAGCUUCGCAGUUGCUGUCGCUUGUUUAUUUGUCAUCCAAAGACUCGUGCUUUCCGUGCUUUCAAGGCCAAUCGCGGGCUCACAUUGUUCGGCGCCUUAGCCGUCGUCUAUGUGUUGGCUGGAGCGUACAAGACGUAGAGCGCACCGCUUCUCGCAUUGUGGACAAGAGCAACGGGCACCGUGGCACGAGGCAAUACGACUGGUUCCAAAAGGUUUCGAAUGGCAUUAUGCCGUAG